GAUCCUGCUCACUGUAGUGGUGAUCUUUCGUAUCCUGAUCGUGGCCAUCGUUGGAGAGACCGUGUACGAGGACGAGCAGGCCAUGUUCGUCUGCAACACCCUGCAACCCGGCUGCAACCAGGCCUGCUACGACAAGGCCUUCCCCAUCUCACACAUCCGAUACUGGGUCUUCCAGAUCAUCCUGGUGUGCACGCCCAGCCUCUGCUUCAUCACCUACUCCGUCCACCAGUCGGCCAAGCAGAAAGAACGGCGCUACUCCUUCCUCUACCCCAUCAUGGAGAGGGACUACGGGGGAAGGGACGGCACUCGUAAGCUCCGCAACAUCAACGGUAUCCUCGUUCAACAUGGCGGUGAUGGAGGAGGAGGAAAGGAGGAACCGGACUGCCUGGAAGUGAAGGAGAUCCCCAACGCGCCACGAGGCCUCACCCACUCCAAGAGCUCCAAGGUGCGCCGGCAAGAAGGCAUCUCCCGCUUCUACAUCAUCCAGGUGGUGUUCAGAAACGCGCUGGAGAUCGGCUUCUUGGUGGGUCAGUACUUCCUCUACGGCUUCAGUGUGCACGGGCUUUUCGAGUGUGACCGCUACCCGUGUCUGAAGGAGGUGGAGUGCUACGUGUCGCGCCCCACGGAGAAAACGGUGUUCCUGGUGUUCAUGUUCGCGGUGAGCGGCAUCUGCGUGGUGCUCAACCUGGCCGAGCUCAACCACCUGGGCUGGCGUAAGAUUAAAGCCGCCAUCCGAGGCGUUCAGGCCCGCAGGAAGUCCAUCUGCGAGAUCAGGAAGAAGGACAUGGCGCACCUGUCCCAGCCGCCAAACCUCGGACGCACCCAGUCCAGCGAAUCAGCUUACGUCUGAUGAUGAAGACAAGAAAAAAGUGGGGGAAUGAAAUCCUCAAGGGGCUUGAGACGAGAAGACGAGGGUUAAGGAAAGGAGAAGAGAUGAGAGGCUGUUUUUGUAUUCUUCGGGGACACUUGGAAGAUGACGGCGGUGUUUGAUGCAUCCCAUGGUGCUUUUCUUCUGGACUGUGUCAGCCUCGAUGCUCGGGUAACGGGAGGAUGAGCAGCCACAUCGUUAAAAGAGGAACGGAAGAACUGUCUCGAGAGCGACGUUUGUGAGAUGGAGAGAAGGACGGUGGGUCACAUCGCUCUGGGAAAACAUAUAUGAUAUCCCCGAAGGUCUUUUUGUUUUCCUAGACUGAAGCCAGGAGAGAGAGAUCUGCGUCUGAUCAGUGUCGCCUCGGUUGGAACAUUGUCACGAGCUAAAGCCAAGACUGACGAUGUUUAUAUUUUGUCUCUUGGCAAAAGAUGAAUUUAACACAAACACAUCAAGUAUCAUAAACACUUCUUUUUUUUUUCUUUCUCCCCCGAUCCCUCGCCUCUCUGUGCUCCGCUGGUUGGCAGCCAUAUGGACCCCCAGGGGCUUCUGGUGACAGUAACGACUCUUGCUGCUCUGCUUCUGCGUAAACUUGGGCGGGGAACUAAUGAACGUGUUAACUCGCAUCUCUCCCAAAGCUCAAAACAAACUUUCAGCAUUCCAGUGUGCUGAGAGAGGGAGGAGAGGAGAGAGGGAACGAGAGGAGAGGGAAGAGAGGACAUCACUUUA